UUGGCGCCUAUAAAUACCUCCCCCCUCCAGCAACCGCACACUGCACUGCAGAUGGAAAGAUAAAAAGAUUGGUGUGUGUGUGUGUGUGUGUGUGUGCGCGUGUUUCUGUGUGAGAAAGAGAGAGAGAUGGAGGUUUUCCCAGUUAUCGACAUGGAGAAGUUAGAGGGGAAUGACAGGGGAGCAGCAAUGGAGAUCCUACGUGAUGCUUGCGAGAACUGGGGCUUCUUUGAGAUAUUGAACCAUGGUAUCUCCCACGAGCUCAUGGAUGAGGUAGAAAGGCUGAAUAAAGGGCACUACAGGAAACGCAGGGAGCAGAGGUUCAAAGAGUUUGCCAGCAAAGCACUGGAAGAUGCGAGUAGUUCCGAUGCCAACGACAUGGACUGGGAGAGCACGUUCUUCGUCAGCCACCUCCCUGAGACCAACCUCUACGAAAUCCCUGAUCUUGAUGAUCAGUACAGGAAAAAAAUGAGGGAGUUUGCCUUGGACUUGGAGAAAUUGGCGGAAAGGCUGCUGGAUCUGCUGUGUGAGAACCUGGGGCUGGAGAAAGGUUACCUCAAGAAGGCCUUCUGUGGGUCCAAAGGACCAACCUUUGGCACCAAAGUAAGCAGCUAUCCGCCCUGCCCUCGCCCGGACCUGAUCAACGGCCUUCGGGCCCACACCGAUGCUGGUGGCAUCAUCCUCUUGUUCCAAGAUGAUCAGGUGAGCGGCCUCCAGCUGCUCAAGGAUGGCCAAUGGGUGGACGUGCCUCCCAUGCGUCACUCCAUCGUUGUCAACAUAGGGGACCAGCUCGAGGUGAUCACCAAUGGAAAAUACAAGAGUGUGAUGCACAGGGUGGUGGCCCAGACCGAUGGGAACAGGAUGUCCAUCGCUUCGUUCUAUAACCCAGGAAGCGACGCGGUCAUCUUCCCGGCCCCUGCUUUAGUAGAGAAGGAAGCUGCAGAGAAGAAGAACGAGGUCUAUCCCAGGUUUGUGUUCGAGGAUUACAUGAAGCUCUACGUUGGGCAGAAGUUCCAGGCCAAGGAGCCCAGGUUUGAAGCCUUCAAGGCUGUGGAGACAGUAAGCGCACAGCCGAUUGCUACAUGAUAUCAUAGGAGCUAGGAUGCUGUUGAGGAUGUCAUUUAAGAAUUUACGUACUGGUGUGCAUGUAUGGCAUACAUAAUUUGUUGUUCUAGGAGAGUAUAUAUGUUGGUCAAAUCACAGGAUGGAAGCUAGCUUGUGUAACGUUCCAGGGGGACAAUUGUUGUGGGUCUGGGGUAAGAAUAGAAUAGAGUUGGUUGCGUCUUGAAUAUUUUAUUUCUGAUUUUCAUGAAUGUAUUUAUAUAUAUUUAGUUUAAUUUAAUGCAUCCGAUCUCUAUCAAAAAAAAAA